AUGUGUACUAAUCGAAUAUACUCUUCAUACAUACGUCAAUAUUUUCGAUUAUUAUCGUUGUCAACAAUUAAAAUUAUUUUAUUAAUAUUGAUUUUUUUUCUUGUCCUUCUUUAUGCUCGCCUAUUCGAUAGAUCUAAUCGAUGGUGUGAUCCUGAAAAAUCAUUAUGGUGGUUUUGCCCAUGGCCAGGUGCUGAAACUAUUUGCAGCUGGCAUCAACACUUUUCAAUAACCGAUCAAAGAACUCGUUCUCCGGAAUCAUAUGAAGAAAUAUUUUCAUCACUUCCAAAAGUUCGAUCUUCUUUUGAAUUUAACAAUUUAACAUUGAAAAAAUGUACUGAACCAUCAAUAGAUAUAUUAAUAUUUGUAAUAUCAAAAUGUUCUCAUGCUUCAAUUCGUCAAUCGAUUCGUCGAACAUGGGGAAAUACAAAAUUAUUAAAAAUAUAUUUUCCUAAUGUAAAUUUAAAAUUAUUAUUUUUAGUUGAUAUUGAUUCAAAAUCUGAAAGAAAGAUUGAACUUGAAUAUAAUUUUCAUAAAGAUGUUGUACAAGUAAAAACUCUUCCUGAACAAUAUGAAUAUGUAACAGAUCGUGAAGCAGCACUAUACGAAUUUAUUAAAGAAAGGUGUAAACAAACAAAAUUUCUAUUUAAAACCGAUGAUGAUAUAUUUAUAAAUACAUUUUUAUUAUUAUUGUCGAAAGAAAAAUUUGAAUAUUUAACAAAUAAAACAAAAUAUUCCUUAUUUGGUUUUCCUAUUGAAUAUGGUUUAGUUGUUCGUCGUGCAAUUGAUCAAAUUGGUCAAAGAUAUAUUAUUACAGAUGAUGAAUAUUCGUGCCCAAGAUAUCCAACUUUUUUAUCUGGUUUUGGUUAUUUAAUGUCAUUUCAAACAUUAUCUUUAUUAAUUAAUGCAUAUCAAACUGACUCAAAACCAUUUCCAUUAUCAGAUGUUUAUUUUACGGGUUUAUUACCGCAGAUGAUCAACAUUGAAAGACAAACUAUUUUUCAAAAUGUUGAUUAUCGUUAUCAAACAAAAUGUAGUGAAGAAUUUUUUAAAUCACAAAAUAAUCCAUUUGCUUGUGCUGCUUCAAAUGAUCAUUUUAAUGGAAAAGAAUCAGAUGGUAUUCGAACUUUCAUGAAUGAUUAUAAUUUAUAUUGGACAAGACUAAGAAAAAAAUAUCAUACUUUGAAAUUUUCUACAGCAUAA